UAUCUUUUAUCAAUGUUACUAUUAUUUCGUUUCUUAAACGCUACGAAAAUCUGAAACUCGUAUUUACCUACAAAGUUGAAGUGAUUAGACGAAUUUAUUUAUCCCUGAAGAUGAAGUAUUAUUUUGUACUUAUAUCUUUGCCAAUAAUUUUAUCAAAUGGUUAUGUUAUUACGUUGAAAAAUCUGACACACAUACAUUGCGUUAAUGACAAUCCGGAUUCUGCCGUAUACGUUUUACCAAUUGAAAGAAAAACAAAUUCACUAAAGGAUGUGGAUUUGAAGACAUGGGAGAAUGAAUGGAUUAGGAAAAACGCUACAAAUUUACCCUUAGGACCACUUACUGACAAAAGAUGGGAAGAUCUUCCGUUUCCUGAUGCAACUAGAUUAAAAUAUACUUCGGCAUUGGAUUCCUCCUUUUCCUUUUCGGUGUUUUCUAGCACAAGUUGGACAGCUCGAUUACUUAUGAGUAAUGAUUUCUCUCCAAUGGAUUAUAAAGGAGUGGGAGACGUAAACAAAUGGAGUCACUACAGUAUUGUCUUAAGUAAAAAUUCAACAUAUAUUUACAAAAACAGUAAUAUUGAAUACUGGGAGAGAGAGUUUAAAGCUAGGUAUUUAACUCUUGAAAGCUCAGAGAAAAUUCUUUGGAGACCACACUUUUAUGAUUUCCUAUGGUCAAAUUCUACAAGUGAAAAACCGUCCGUUUUAGAAAUCGGUCAAAAGGAAACGACGUGUUUGCUGUUAUAUACAUCAUUGUGUCCAGAAUGUUUUUUAGAAGUUAGAGUCAACAAUGGAGACAGCUUUAGAAUUAUCCAGAAUGAGCUAAAAAAAAAUAGUGUGCAGUUUUGGCAAACCCACAAAAUUUAUAUCGAUCCAGCAAAAAGAGUUAGGGUAUCAGUUAAUAAAAAAGCAUUUAAUCAAAAUGUCGAUGGGUAUUGGGCGAUGGAUAUUAAAUUAUGCGAGGGUCACACAGAAUUUUCAAAUUUUGACACAAUAACAAACACCAUCUGUUACGAAUUAAAUAACAAUUUUAAAAGUAGCUUUAAUUUGGACGCCAUAAGACAUAAACCUGGAAUUCUAGUUAUUGGAGACAAUAUCAAGAACAACAUUUAUUGCUGGGAUGUCCUUGGAAAAAAAUUUCCUAAAUGCGAAAAGCAUAAAAUCUGUGCGGAAAGCAACCAGUGUUAUUGUUCUUGGGGUUUUGAAGGAGAAAACUGCACUGAUCGGUGUGCAAGUGGAAGACGAGGCAUGUCAUGCCAAGAGCGAAUUCUUCCAUAUGGUACACAAAUCUCCACGGGAUGGAAAGCAAGUGUUCCAGCAUCAGUGAUAAUUUUAAUUUUUCUUAUACAUACUGUAAAAUUAUUAUAGUGAUUUAUUAAUAGUACAAAAUAAAUUUCUAGAAAAAUA